AUGCCCACCCCACUCACACGAUCACGACCGAUAACACAUCCAUACCCUUCCUAUCCUUUAUCGAAAAUGGAUACUGCAGGACAAGUAGCUGGACCAAGUAGAUUAUCCAAUCGAUCAUCUUCACCUUCACCUUCACCGUCCUCAUCAUCGCGUUGCUCAACCGCAACUUCACUCGACGACCUGAACGAUAUGCCUGGGAUAGAUAUGUUCAGACCAAUGUACGAUAGUAAUCCCGCUUUGGAAGACAAGAUGAGCUCAGCGACUAUAACUGGAGUACAGGAUGUACCAUCUCAAAUUGGCAAAGCGGGUCAAGGGGAAAUUAAGAAAAGAAAGUUUCCGGAAGAAGAGGAUGAAGAUAUACUGAGGGAAUCAAACGAUAGAUUCGUUUUGUUUCCAAUCAAAUAUAGAGAGAUAUGGCAGGCAUACAAAGCAUCCCAAGCAUCGUUCUGGACGUCCGAGGAACUCGACCUGGGUCACGAUUUAGGGGACUGGAAUGACAAGUUGACGGAGCAAGAGAGGUUUUUCAUAUUGAGGAUACUAGCUUUCUUUGCUGCGAGCGACGGGAUAGUGGGUGAAAACAUUGUAUCGCAAUUCUCGUUAGAUGUUCAAAUAGCAGAAGCCAGAGCCUUUUAUGCGUUCCAAACUAUGAUGGAGCAAGUGCACAGCGAAACAUAUAGUCUGUUGAUUGAGACGUAUGUGAGGGACAGUGAAGAGAAGGACUUCUUAUUCAGAGGGAUGGAGAAUAUUCCAUGCGUGAGGAAAAAGGCAGAUUGGGCACUAAAGUAUAUAACGGAUGAUAUGCCCUUCCGACUGCGACUGGUCGCUUUCGCAUGUGUAGAGGGUAUUUUCUUCUCAGGAUCUUUCGCUGCGAUCUUCUGGUUGAAGAAGAGGGGUCUAAUGCCUGGAUUGACAUUCUCGAACGAGUUGAUCAGCAGAGACGAAGGGACGCAUACUGAUUUCGCAUGUCUACUGUACAACCACCUAAGACACAGGUGUUCGGAAGAAGAAGUCCAUAAUAUCGUUACGGAAGCUGUUGCCAUAGAAAAGGAAUUCCUGACAGAUGCUCUACCUUGUGCCUUGAUCGGUAUCAAUGCAGAUUUGAUGUGCCAAUAUAUCGAGUUUGUCGCCGAUCGCCUGAUAGUUGAUCUGGGUUAUUCAAAGAUAUUCCACGCUAAGAAUCCGUUUGAUUGGAUGGAAUUGAUUUCCCUUCAAGGUAAAGCAAACUUUUUCGAAUCAAGAGUAUCAUCUUAUCAACUCGCAAAUGUCUCUCGAUCAGGUACACCUUCCAUACCUCACAAAGAUGGGGCAAACGAGAGAUCCUCGAGAAGGGUAUUCACCACCGAUGCCGAUUUUUGA